AUGCUCACCAACGCCUUGGUCUCGCUCUGCCUCGCCGCGCUCUCGGCCACGGGGGCCUCCGCCGCCGUCGCAUACUGUCCCCGCGAGUCGACCGAGCUGAACUGCUACGGAGGGCCUCUCGCCCGCUCGGGACCCAUCGACCCCAAGGACCUGGCCUCGAUUGCCGACUACCUGCGCGACUACAGCAAGCAGGUCAAGGGGGGCCGCCUGUACAGCAUGACCUCGCGCGAUGCCCCCUGCGGCGCCGAGUGGACCGUCUACUCCCAAGGCACCGCCUCCCUGCUGGCCAGGCACGUCGACCCGACCAAGAACUCGAUCUACGCGUACGAAGACAUUGCCGACACCGUCGACGGCGGCUUGGCGGCGACGGGAAUGCACUCGGAUACUCUUAUGUACUGCAUGCACGGCGGGGGCUCGGUUGGCAUUCACGUCAACCAGAAGAACCCUAUUUACUGGAGCGACGAGUACAGGGCGACGGGGGGCACUCCCGAGGGCAUCUUGCUCAAGGUUAUCCCCAACGUCUAA